GUGUGGGAGUUAGCUAAAUAAAGGUUCUGGCCUCUAAUUACUCUCUAACAUUUCUUCACCAUCUAUAAAAAUGGGAAUCUCUGGAUUGUUGCAGUUCAUCAAAGAUGCAGCCGAGCCCGUUAACGUUAAAAAGUAUAAAGGCCAGACGGUAGCUGUCGACACGUACUGCUGGCUGCACAAAGGAGCUUUCUCUUGUGCUGAGAAGCUUGCUAAAGGGGAACCAACUGACCAGUAUGUGCAGUACUGCAUGAAGUUUGUGGACAUGCUGCUGAAUUUUGGCGUGAAAGUCAUUCUAGUGUUCGAUGGACGCAACCUGCCUUCCAAACAAGAGGUGGAAAGGGCUCGCAGAGAGCGCAGAGAAACUAAUCUUCAAAAAGGCCGACAGCUGCUGCGUGAAGGUAAACUGUCUGAGGCCCGAGACUGUUUCACCCGCUGUGUGAACAUCACCCCCACCAUGGCCCACAACCUGAUUAAGGCUGCCCGGGACAGAGGCGUGGACUGUGUGGUGGCUCCUUAUGAAGCGGAUGCUCAGUUGGCGUACCUGACUAAAUCUGGUCUGGCUCAGGCUGUCAUCACUGAAGACUCGGACCUGCUGGCAUUUGGCUGCAAAACGGUGAUUCUCAAAAUGGACAAGCAGGGCAAUGGGCUGGAAGUAGACCAGAGCAACAUGGGCCGCUGUCGCUCCCUGGGCAACGUUUUCACUGAGGAGAAGUUUCGUUACAUGUGCAUCUUGGCCGGCUGUGACUAUCUGCCCUCCCUACACGGCAUCGGCUUGGGGAAGGCCUGCAAGCUGCUGCGGCUGGCCAAAGACCCCGACAUCCUGAAGGUGAUCAGAAAGAUGGGUCAGUACCUGAAAACAAAUCUGAUCAUCCCUGAACAGUACAUCGAGGGGUUUGUCAGAGCCAACAACACCUUCCUGUACCAGCUGGUGUUCGAUCCUGUCAGGAGGAAAGUGGUUCCAUUAAACCCGUACCCAGAGCACAUAGAUCCAGCCACCCUCAGCUAUGCUGGCCUAAAUCUAGAAGAGGACAAAGGUUUGGAAAUGGCCUUGGGAAACCUUGAUGUCAACACUUUGGAGAGGAUUGACAACUUCAAUCCAGACAAACCCAACGUACAGAGGUGUAAGGCUCGCAGUAACAGCUGGAACGACUCGCCAACCUCAGCUGGGUCCAGCAUUUGGAGCAGGGGCUUCACACCUGCCUCUGGUGGCUCUUCUCCUCGCCCUGCUGCUUCUCCAGACCGGCCUCCCUCCACCAGGGGAAGGGAGGGGGUCGUCAGCCUGGGGGGCCUGAAGCUGCCCUCCAGAGAGCUACAGGUGAAAAGGCCCAGAGAAGAUUCUUGUUUAUCUGACCAGGAAGUCCUCCAGCUGUAUUCCUCUCCUGGACAGAAGCGAUCCAAAUCAGAACAGCAACCACACAAGACUCCACUCAGGCCUCAGCCCCGACCACGCAACCGCUUCGCCACACUGCUGCAGAGGAGGAACCAGGAGACAGAGGAGGAGGCCGGCCAUCUCACCCGCAGCAGAUUCUUCAGUGGCUCCAGUUCAGUAACCAGUCUGAGCACGGAGUCCAACCAGGAGGUAGAGCCCACAGCUGGUGACCCUUCUGAGGACAAAUCCUCUCUCAGCAUCCACACUCAUGACAUCCCGCCUGAGGUAACUCCUAGUCCACCUCUGUCCUCCAGCAGCUCGUCCCCCAGUUCAGCCAGUCGGGGUUUCAAGCUGUUCCAGUGGUCAGGAGGCUCCUCUUCAGCCGAACCCUCCAGUACAACAAAGUCCACCAUGGGCCUGGGCGCCCUGCAGCAGUUUCAGUACAAGAAGGAGAGUUUUACAUCUCAGAAGAUCCACAGCGCCUCUGGAGGCUCAACGCCCCCACAGUCCUCAUCUCCUGAUAAAAAUCUGGAGGACGAACUCUCUGACUCACCCCCCUCCCAGGACAGCGCUUACUUCUCCCACUCCCAGUCCUCGCGCAUUUCCUUCCACAAAGAGGAAUCUCUCACCUACAGCCUGGAGGAUGCUGCAUCUGAAAUGAACUCAAGCACUGAAGUAGAACCAGAACCAGAGAGUCACGUUUGUUCAGCAGAAGCAGAAAGGAAAGCUGCUGUGCUGGGGUCAAAGGUUUCAGGACUGUCGAGGGUGAAGUCCAGCAGUGGGAGUCCAACAGCCACGGUGCGGUCUUUGGGUCCAGCCAGAGCCAGCGGUCUGAGGAAGAAGAGUGUUGGUUCUGUGAAGAAAUGCUCGUCUACAAAUAAUGAGAACAACCCUGGAGUCCAGGCCACCAUCAGCAGCCUGUGGAAGAACUACAGCUUCAAAACGGACGCUCAGAAGAUGACUUCCCGUAAGACGGAGCCCAUGUCUCCAUUCAAAGACAACCUGCUGGUCCACUGACCUCAUCCAGCAUGAACCUUCUGACCAUGUCUGAGAUUACCUUAAAAGUUUCACAUUA